CCUGAGUCAACUAUUUUGGUGAAGUACGCAUAAUCUAGAAUAAUGUAAUAAAAAUCAAACAAUUUGUGCAAUUCAAGAUAUUUGACGGUGCCACAAGAGAAGUCAACAGUGUCAAGCUACUUUAAACGGGGUCCGACGGACCCAUUUUGUCCUUCGCGCAGUGUUUGUGCAGCGUCUGUUGACCCCAUCCACCCCAGGCAACGCACCUUUUCUUCUGCUCAGCGGGACGCCAUGGUUCCUCAAGUCCGGCUCCGGCUGCUUCCCAGCGCCAGGUGUUUGUUCGACGAGCCUGUCCAGGUGAUGGUGGACAGCCUGAGGCCCAGGCAGGUGGUCACCAUGCGGGCCAAGGCGACGGAUGAGAGAGGCGUGGUCUUUCGAUCCUCCGCCAUCUACCGGGCGAAUGGGAGCGGCGACAUUGACCUGAAGAGGGACCCGGCGCUGAACGGGAGUUAUGUAGGCGUGGAGCCCAUGGGUCUGCUGUGGUCCAUGAAGGCGGACAUGCCACAUAAGUACUUCCAUUGGAACCUGGCGCUCAAUCCUCACGUGGUCAAGUUCUCCGUGCACGACGGCGUUCCAGAGGAAGACGAGGAAGGCGGGGCUCUAGCGGAGGCCACCAAUGAGCGGUGUCUGAUUGCGGACGGGGUCAGCCGGGUUGUCAUCAGACAAGAGACAUUUAGUGGUGUUUUGUUCACGCCUGCAGGUAAAGGUCCCUUUCCGGGUGUGCUGGACUUAAGCACCUUCAUGUGCGAGAAGCGAGCCAGUCUGUUGGCCAACAAAGGCUUCAUGGUUCUGACUAUUUCCGUGUUCAACGACAAACCCGCCAGCACCAAGCACUUAAACCUGGACUACUUUGAGGAAGCUGUUCGGUUUUUACAGCAACAACCCAAAGCAGGCGGUCAAGGAAUCGGUGUGCUAUCGAGGUCCAAGGCAGGAGACAUCGGUCUGUCGCUGGCGUCUUUUACCUCGUGUGUGAAGGCGGUGGUGUGGAUCAACGGCUGCAGCGCAAACAUCGGCUAUCCUCUCCACUACAAGAACCGCCAAGUGCUCUCCGUCUUGGGCUACAACUUGAGCAAGGUGAUGCCCACUCCCUCCGGCGCCAGCAUCGUCAAGUUCGGCGUGAGUGAUCCCGAAACCGAGGAGAACAAGGGCAGCGUUGUGCCCGUCGAAAAAGCCAACGCGCACUUUCUCCUGGUGGCGUCGGAGGACGACCUGAACUGGGACAGCAAGGCCUUCAUGGAGGGCAUAGAGCGGCGGCUGAAGAGCGAGGGGAAGAAUAACUUUGAGUGCGUCUGCUACCCGAGAGCUGGACACAUGCUGGAGCCGCCCUACAGCCCGUACUGCCAUUCCGGCCUGCACGGGAUCCUACGUUCACCCGUCUUGUGGGGCGGGGAACCUAAAGCCCACGUCGACGCUGAGGUCCACUUGUGGAAGAAGGUGGAGGACUUCUUCAGAACUCGACUGACCUCCAAAUUAUAGACUCGUCAAGCCCGAUGGGCAUACUUGCCAACACUCCCGAUUUUCCCGGGAGACUCCCGAAUUUCAGCGCCCCUCCCGAAAAUCUCCCGGGGCAACCAUUCUCCCGAAUUUCUCCCGAUUCCCACCCGGACAACAAUAUUGGGGGCGUGCCUUUAACGUCCUCUCUCACCUGAAACCUUCACCCCUUAACAGCCGCAUGCUGUCCAGGCGUCCGCUUUUCCUCCAUAUAAACAGCGUGCCGGCCCAGUCACAUAAUAAUGUAGCGUUGGACGGGUUUAACAAUGGUUUUUACUCAAAGAUGUCAUGAAAAGCUGACACGUUGUAUGAUCUUUUAACUGGAUUAAUGAUACCGUUAAUUUCAAGCACACUCACACAAGUAAAUGCAAGCCCAUACUUGGUCAACAGCCAUACAUGUCACACUGACGGUGGCCGUACAAACAACUUUAACACUGUUACAAAUAUGUGCCACACUGUGAACCCACACCAAUCAAGAAUGACAAACAUAUUUGGGGAGAACAUCCGCACCGUUACACAACAGAACAAAUACCCAGAAUCCCUCGCAGCACUAACUCUUCCGGUACGCUGCAAUAACAUCUACGGCUUUUGGAGCUCAGUGCACAACUGCACACACAACAAGAAGGAGACGGAGCAGAAGAACGAAGAAGAGACAUGGCGACGACGAGUGAGAAGAAGAAAUACGCUUGCAAGUUCCAAAAUGAUCGGAAAAAAGAAUUUCAUUUCAUCCAGGACAGCUCGAAGCGGAAGGGGUAUGCUGCCUGCACAUCAACCCCCCCAUUUCCCGAAUUCGGAGGUCUCAAGGUUGGCAAGUAUGCCGAUGGGAGGGACUGAAGACCAAUUAAGAACAUUUUAAACUUUUAAAUGAGCACAGCUGAACCUCCAUUUACAAACAUUUGAUUGAUUUAUGAAUCGCAGCCCCAAUAAAAAUAUGCUUUGGUGUACGAACUUUGUCUCGGCGUACGAGCGUUUCAAUGUGUGCAUGCAGCACAGCUAUUGUGUGAGGGCUGAUGUUAGCUCGUCGGCGGCGGCGAGUAUGAUUGUCCUCCUGUUGGUGGGAUUGCCUUCAGGAGAACGCCCGAGCGUGGAAUCUUUUAAAGUGGGGAGCCUGGUGCACAGACAGCCACCACACUGUCCUUGGCAAAGAGAAGGCCAGGGUCCAAUGGCAUGGAGAACAAGACAAUUGGGGGCCCAUCUUUGCUGCAGCCUUCUUCCGCCUUUGUGACUGUUGUGGAGCUUCUAUGCAACCAUCAACUGCCCACUCCGCCGUUGAGGUCUUUUGAUGUUAGCUACUGUGCUAAUUGCUACCUGUUGUGCUUUUUAAAGUUGUUUUUGGUCUUUUUACCUUACUUUUGCUUGCUCAAUAGGAGUCCAAUAUAAAGCAAAAGACAAGCGAUGUGUGGGCAACAUUCAGCAAGUAUCUACGUCAGGGGUAAAUGGGUUAUACUUGUAGAGCGCUUUUCUACCUUCAAGGUACUCAAAGCGCUUUGACACUAUUUCCACAUUCACCCAUUCAUACACACAUUCACACACUGAUGGCGGGAGCUGCCAUGCAAGGCCCUAACCACGACCCAUCAGGAGCAAGGGUGAAGUGUCUUGCUCAAGGACACAACGGACGUGACUAGUUUGCUUACAAUGGAGCCUAAUUGUAGCGCAUUGAUUUCAAAAACAUCAUGACGUUUUUUGUUUUUUUCUUCUUCACUGCAUACUACUCACUACAGACUUUAUGAGAGCCAACAAACAUA